AUAAACACCCAUAGACUUGAAAAAGAAUCAUUUGGGUCAAAUCAACCAUGAAAAUCCACUAUUCCCUCCAUUAACAGCUCGUCACUCUCAACGUAGAUGUUCUUUUAAGAGAAAACCCAUCAAAAAAGGCAAAUUUUACACUAUGGAUCCAUGUCCAUUCCUUCGUUUGAUCAUCGAAUCAUUAGCUUUAAAACUGCCGCAACCCACAAAACCAGUCGCCGUCGCCAGUGGUGGCGUUUACCCAACGACGACACCGUGUUUCUGCAAGCUCAGGCUCAAAAACUUCCAGUCUCAAACGGCUUUGUUGCCACUCAGCAAUGGUUCCGGUGAUUCUCCCCCUGAAUCUUCCACCUCCGCCGCUGGUUUCCACCUCGACGCUCUAACGCUCCGCCGUGUCUCCGGCAAGCCUGUGACGCUAUGUGUCGAGGUAUUUACCGGGCGUAUGGGUCGCUCCUGCGGUGUCAACAGUGGGAAGUUGGUCGGUUCGGUUCAGGUUACGGUCCACUUGGGAGUGUCGCAAACUAGACCGGCAGUGUUUCAAGAUGGGUGGAUGAAACUCGGCAACGAUCAUGAAAAACCCUCCGCUAAGCUUCACUUAACGGUCAGAACCGAACUGGAUCCUCGGUUCGUUUUCCAGUUCGGCGGAGAACCGGAAUGUAGCCCCGUCGUGUUUCAAAUUCAAGGCAACAUUAGUCAACCGGUUUUCAGUUGCAAGUUUAGCGCGGACCGGUCAAGAUCGCGGUCUCUCCCACCCAAUUUUUCCAACAAGAAUAGAGGAUGGAUGAGAACAUUAGCAAGAGAAAAGGAAAGGCAAGGGAGGGAAAGGAAAGGAUGGAUGGUAAUGAUAUAUGAUCUAUCCGGUUCUCCGGUCGCAGCCGCCUCGAUGAUCACUCCCUUUGUGCCUUCCCCUGGAACCGAUCGCGUCUCGAGGUCCAACCCCGGGGCGUGGUUAAUCCUUCGCCCACACGGCUUUUCCGUCAGCAGCUGGAAACCAUGGGGUCGUCUUGAGGCGUGGAGGGAACGUGGUCCUGUUGAUGGCUUGGGCUAUAAAUUCGAGCUCGUUACCGACAAUGGCCCUAGUAACGGCGUCCCCAUUGCCGAAGCUACAAUGAGCGUGAAAAAGGGUGGCUUAUUUUGCAUUGAUCGGAGAGUAUCGAAAUCCGAUUCGGCAGCAUCGACGAGUUCGAGGUCACCUAUUAAGGGUUUUGUUAUGGGUUCAACCGUUGAAGGUGAAGGCAAAGUUAGCAAACCAAUGGUACAAGUUGGGAUCCAACAUGUUACAUGCAUGGCUGAUGCUGCACUGUUUAUUGCACUGUCGGCCGCCAUUGAUCUUAGUAUGGAUGCUUGUCGACUUUUCUCGAGGAAAUUAAGGAAGGAACUUUGCCAUGAUGAACAAGAUUCAUGUUCUUAAUUUUUUUUUUUUAUAAAAAACUCCCUAAAAGUUUCACUUGUCUUGCAGUGAUAACCAGUUGGUUUGAGUAAAAAGCUGAAAAAAAUGAAUAUUUCUUUUUUACCCCCUACAUGUUUUCCAAAAUUUCUUCCAUUAGGGGACAUAUUUAUAAUAAUUCACACAGUUUUUUUUAUUCUGUUGAAAAAUUAUAGAGGAACAUUAUACUACAUGUAAUUUGUAUAGGCAAAAUCCAAUUGCUUAAUACUGUUUGUUCA